AUUGGAUUUGCUUGUUACACGCUACAAAGCCGUUUCCACAAAAACAUAAAGCCUAUUCUGCUACUCCCAGCUCUCUAUUCCGCACUGCCUCCCCUCUUCUCUCUGUGAUGGCAUUAUCUGCUUCAGCUCUUAUGCCUCUCAAUCUUGUUAAAUUUUAUGCCUGCAAAGGGAUUCCAAAUGCAAAUAGAUGGAACAAGGUAUCAUCUCGAACUGCACACAGCAUCAAUUUCUCUUUAUUGUUUGAAAAGCGAGGAAUUGGAUUUCGAAAUGGAAUUGCUGCUGCUGCCGCUGCUUCUCCGAGUCCAGUCAAUGAAGAUAUAUCUCAAAAAGAAACUCCCCAGAGAAUUUAUACAUGGCCUGAUAAUAAGAAGCCAAAGGUGUGUAUACUAGGUGGUGGAUUUGGAGGCUUAUAUACUGCUUUAAGACUAGAAUCACUUAUUUGGGCCGACGACAAGAAGCCUCAGGUUCUUCUUGUCGACCAGUCUGAACGUUUUGUUUUCAAACCAAUGUUGUAUGAGCUUCUAUCUGGAGAGGUGGAUGCAUGGGAAAUUGCUCCCCGAUUCUCAGAAUUGCUUGCAAACACUGGCAUACAGUUUUUCCAAGAUAGAGUAAAGAUGUUACGUCCUGCUGAUCACUUGGGCAUGAAUGGGUCAACAGGAUAUUGUUCUGGAGGAACCGUGGUGCUUGAAAGUGGCCUUCUUAUUGAAUAUGACUGGUUGGUUCUUUCUUUGGGGGCUGAAGCUAAACUUGAUACUGUACCAGGUGCUGCAGAAUUUGCAUUUCCAUUCUCCACCCUUGAGGAUGCCUGUAAGGUUGACAAUAAGUUGAAAGAAUUAGAGAGGAGGGAGUUUGGCAAGGACUCUCUGAUUCGUGUGGCUGUUGUUGGCUGUGGUUACUCUGGAGUUGAGUUGGCUGCUACAGUAUCAGAGAGACUACAAGACAGAGGUUUAGUACAAGCCAUUAAUGUGAACACUACUAUCUUGCCAACUGCCCCUCCUGGCAAUAGGGAAGUUGCACUUAAAGUUCUUUCAUCCAGGAAAGUCCAGCUUCUAUUGGGUUAUUUUGUACGCUGUAUCAGGAAAGAGAUUGACUUGGAAGGUUCUGCAAUGCCAACAGAGGCUGGGAUAUUUCCGAAAACACUAGCAGAACAUGGUUCUGAGAAAUAUAUUUUGGAACUUCAACCUGCUGAAAGGGGAUUACAGAGUGAGAUUCUGGAAGCAGAUCUAGUGUUAUGGACUGUUGGGUCUAAACCCCCGCUUCCUCAAUUGGAACCCUAUGAUAAGACCCACGAGCUUCCUCUGAAUGGCCGGGGACAAGCAGAGACAGAUGAAACGCUCCGUGUUAAGGGCCAUCCACGCAUAUUUGCACUUGGUGACUCUUCUGCGCUUAGGGAUAUGAAUGGAAGGAUUCUUCCAGCAACUGCUCAGGUUGCUUUCCAGCAGGCAGAUUUUACUGGCUGGAAUUUGUGGGCAGCAAUUAAUGACCGGCCUUUGUUGCCAUUUAGGUUUCAGAAUCUAGGUGAAAUGAUGACUCUGGGAAGAAAUGACGCUGCUCUUUCACCGAGUUUCAUUGAAGGACUAACCUUAGAGGGUCCUGUUGGCCAUGCUGCGAGGAAAAUAGCCUAUUUGAUUAGAUUACCAACAGAUGAGCACCGGCUUAAAGUGGGAAUUAGCUGGCUUACAAAGUCAGCUGUAGAUUCAGUUGCAUCAAUACAGAGCACCCUUAGUAAGGUUCUCUCAGGCUCGUAGACUCUUCCACAUCAUUUACGAAAGCAAGCUUGAAAAGCCUCAUGGUUGUACAAAGCAUGUUUUUAACUUAUCCCAUACAUUACUCAACGCGAGGAUAUCCUUGCAACAAUGGGCUUAAUUUGCAUCCUUGUUUUUUGUUUGAAGUUAUGAGAAGAAUGACUUGUUGACGAUGAUCAAAUUAGACAUGAAAAGAGAAGGAAGCCAUUAUAAUGAAAGCAGACUUCUCCCGUUCA